GGUGGGUCAUUUCCACGAGGUACAAAAUUUUUCGUUCCUUGUCCCGUGGAGGUCCCUAGCCAAGCCAUCAGUGCCGAGAGCGUUGGGAAAAUUCUAUGAAUUAGUUCCUUCGCCAACCAUUUUGUUUUAGAAGCAGAGAAUCAACUAAUAGAUAAGGCCAACCAUGGGUGACGAAGACUGGGACGAUGGGGAUACCUCAGCCACCACAUUUAGCUUGGCACCAACCAGUAAUGGCAAUUCUGAUGGCUGGGACAAUGGCCAAUCUAGCUCCAGUAGCUUAGGUGGAGGUUUUGGCAGAGGGUUUAGUGGUGGCUUUGGAGGAGGCAUUGCUGGUGGUAAAGAUGCUGAUGAUGCAGGAACAUCUGGUGGGGGCUAUGGAGGCUUCGGCCGUGGCAAAAGCUCAGGGGGUUUUGGUGGAGGAAAAGUAGGUGGUUCUUCUGGUGGUUCUGGUUGUCGUAUUUGUGGAGAAGAUGGUCAUUUUGCGAGAGAAUGUCCCAAUAAGGGUCAGUCAUCAGGUGGUGGGGGCUCAGGAUGUCAUAAAUGUGGAGAAGAUGGUCAUUUUGCGAGAGAAUGCCCCAACAAGGGUCAGUCAUCAGGUGGUGGGGGCUCAGGAUGUCAUAAAUGUGGAGAAGAUGGUCAUUUUGCAAGGGAAUGCCCAAAUAACCAGUCUUCUGGUGGUGGGGGCUCAGGAUGUCAUAAGUGUGGUGAAGAUGGUCACUUUGCAAGAGAUUGUCCAAACAAGGGACCUGACACAUGCAGAAAGUGUGGUGAAACUGGACAUUUUGCUCGAGAUUGCACUAAUGAAGAUGCCAAUGGAGUGAAUGAAGAUGGCACCCCGAAGCCAGCUCCUGUGACCUAUGUACCACCUGAUCCAUCAGAAGAGGAGCAAGAAGUGUUUCGAACCAUUGCACAAGGACUGAACUUUGACAAAUAUGACGAAAUUCCAGUAGAAGUGACUGGCAAUGGGAAAAUGCCACAACCUAUCAAGACAUUUGAACAAGGAAACUUAUAUGAGGCUUUCUUAGUUAAUGUCAGAAGAGCAAAAUAUUUGAAGCCAACCCCAGUACAGAAGUAUGCUAUACCCAUCAUUUAUGCUGGCCGUGACUUGAUGGCAUGUGCACAGACUGGUUCUGGAAAAACAGCUGCUUUUCUGCUCCCUGUUCUUAGUAAGAUGAUGGAAGAUGGCCUAACAGGCAGUCGUUUUUCAGAAAUACAAGCUCCUGCUGCACUUAUCAUAUCUCCCACCCGUGAACUCACAGUUCAGAUCAACAUGGAGGCCCGAAAGUUCUCUUACCAAACAUCAGUUAGACCAGUGGUAUGUUAUGGUGGAGUUUCAGUGGCUCAUCAGCUAAGGCAAAUAGAAAAUGGUUGUCAUAUGCUGGUUGCCACUCCAGGAAGAUUAAAGGAUUUUGUAGAAAGGAGAAAGAUCAGCCUUGAAGGUGUAAAAUACCUUAUUUUGGAUGAAGCAGACAGAAUGUUAGACAUGGGUUUCUUGCCAGCCAUUAAAUCUAUUGUCAAUGAUUUCAACAUGCCCUCGAAAGACGGCAGACAAACACUUAUGUUCAGUGCUACUUUCCCUGAAGAAAUCCAGAACCUUGCUGCUGAAUUUUUGAAUGAUUAUGUUUUCUUGACUAUUGGCAAAGUAGGUGGGACAAGUUCGGACAUUGAGCAAGUCAUAGAGGAAUUACCAGAGUCUGAAAAGAGAGACAGGCUGAUUGAGAUUCUCAGUAGUGAGGGUGCAAACAAGAAUCUUGUUUUUGUUGAAACCAAACGCUCUGCAGAUUUUCUUGCAAGUUUGCUGUCACAGAAUGGUUUUCCAACAACAAGUAUCCAUGGUGAUCGAUUUCAACAGCAAAGGGAAGAGGCAUUGAGAGAUUUCAGGAGUGGUCGUUGCUCAGUUCUCGUAGCAACAGCAGUUGCUGCCAGAGGUCUGGAUAUUGAAGAUGUAAAGCAAGUUGUGAAUUAUGAUCUACCUCAAGAGAUUGACGAAUACGUUCAUAGAAUUGGUCGUACUGGAAGAAUAGGAAACCAGGGCAGGGCCAUUUCAUUCUUCAGUAAAGGCAAGGAUGAGGGUCUUGCAAGAUCAUUAGUUAAAGUUCUUUCUGACGCGAACCAGGUUGUGCCAGACUGGCUUGAAGAGGUUGCUGAAACUGCCCUUGGCACAGGUUAUGGUGCGAAAGGAGGAGGAAAAUAUGGAGGCAAAGAUACUCGAAAUUUUUCUAAGUCAAAUAAUGAUGACUUCAGCAACGGUGGUACCAGCAGCUUUACAAAUGGUGGUGGUGGCUUUGGGGAUUCUGGCGGUGGUGGUGACGAAGAGUGGUAGAUCAAGCUCGCUGUAUCAUCAAUUCAGUUCUGUUUCACUCACAAAACAAUGUUUGCAUCAUUUGAUGGAAACAGGCUCAUCAUUCACAGAGUAUUGUUGCAUUUUUUGUAUCAUCGACUUGGUAACUCUCGCAGGUUGAUUUACGGAAGACGCAUACCCACUGCUGCAUAAAUCACCUUUGCAGAUGUUAUAUUUUCUAUAAUCAUGUGCAUGUAUUUAGUUGCAGGGUUGUUUUUUAGACAUUGAUUGGUGUAUAUAAAACUGUUCCAUUGCAGUCCCUUUAACUUAUCUGCAUGAUCCAGUGUAGCUGUUUGUUUUGUUACAUUCUCUAGAAAUGUCAAUGUUGUGAUCUAUGUCAGUUCUAGAGGCCCCGGGAAAGGGACCCUACAAUAGACGAACCCGGCAAUAAACGAACCCGGUAAUAUACGAACCCUGUGUGUCAACAUGCCAUCGUCUUUAUCUUUAAAAAAAGUCUGCUUAUAGUUUAUUGAAUUCAUACAAUUGAUGCUUAAACCAAGUGAAUGAAAUCGUCAAAUAAGACUGGUUUUUAAGGUUUUGAAGAUGAGUUUGGUCGAAAAGGAGGACAUAGUUUAGUUGGUAAUCGAAAAGGACUUGCCGAUUGCAAAAAACCUGUUUAUAAAUUUAUUCCACCCUGCAAAAUCUUCGCACCUUACAGUUGAGAAGUAUGACGACAUAAACCAUACUUUUAGAAAUUGCUAUGGAAGACAUCAAUAUGUUAGAAUUCAAUAAGAUCUGUUAUAAAUUGACCGAGAUUGAAAAAUCUGGAUAUUCCUAAAAGGCUACUUGUUAUUUUGGCUUUGUUCAUAGAAUCUGGUACAAACACCAAAUCACAGUGGCUUGAUGGGGCCAGUGAGUGAUUUGUUAACCGAUUUUCGUUGGAUUUGCCUUUGCUGUCACAAUUACGGUUAUUUCAUAAUGUCUGUCCUAGUAACGCGAUCUUAGUUCACAUAUUCUAAUAAUAGAUGCUUAUGACGUCAUCACUUUUUAACGACUGGAAAGAUAAUCAGUCCUUUGGUCAUUCGAGUGUUUUGAGUGUAAUGCAGCGACAAAAUAUUUUUGAAACCGCUGACAAAAGCUAUAAAUCGUUUGAAAUACAAUUGAACCUUGUUAGGUCGUACUCCGGACAACUCGGACUUUCCCUAGAUCGUACUGGUUCAAAGUUCCCAUUGGAUAUUCCUACCUUACUCCAGCCAAAAGUCGUACUUGGCAUAAGUCGGACAUUCGCGAAGUCGGGCCAUUUCCUUGUCCCUAUUGAAAAUCCGACUUAAAAGGGUUUCAAUUGUAUUACUAUUUAUAAACAAUGUAAAUCAAGGAGGGGGUGCAGUUGUCAUAUUCUACCUAUUUAAAUUGGCUUUUUUUCUUAGUUUGUUGCCUUUUAUUGUACCUUUCUCAUGUGAGUGAUAACAGAUCCUGCUCUUAUCGCACUUGUUAGCGGGAGUAUUUAUUAAGAAAAGUCCUCAAAGUAAACAAUACGUGUAUACUUAAUUUAAUAAAGUUAGUUAUCAUAGAUUCACAUUUUGAUAAGAACCGCCAACGAUAUAACUAUUUUUCGCCGUCUUAAAAUUAGGAAAAGGAAAAAUGUGAUUAGGAAUGUUAAUUCACACUGCUUAUACAUAUUGUUUAUUUCCAGAACUUGUAUCUUGGUCCAGCAAUAAAGAUAUUACACAAACAUUUCACGUUUGCUUGUUCACAUGAGUGACAAAUAUGAUAAAAUGACUGCAAGAGUUUUUCAGUAAAAUGCUACCUUGCAGAAAUUUGUGUGGUAAUCGUUUUAUGCCCGUGUAAAUUGUUCUAAAUCGUAUAUGUUGUCAUUUAAAACCCACGUUUUCAAUUAUCUGUGGAUGCUUGCAAAAAGAUACUAUUAGUUGUAUAAUGUUAUAUUGAUAAAAUGUUCUGUUAUAGUUAAGCAAUAUUAGAUAGGA